UGCAUUCGUGUAACGCUUCUCAUCGCUGUUUGACUGCGUUUGGGCGACUUUCACUUAGGUUUUCUCCCUUUUAUUAAAUAAAACACAAAAAUGGGCUCUGGAAAGCAACAAAAAGUGCAAUCAUCCGGCUUCACCAAGGAGGAAGAGUUGCUGCUGCAGGACUUCAGUCGCAAUGUGAGCACAAAAUCGUCGGCGCUCUUCUUCGGCAAUGCCUUCAUUGUCUCGGCGGUGCCUAUUUGGCUUUUCUGGCGCAUACACAACAUGGACUUAUGGCCCAGCUCCAUACUGUUUUUGCUUGUGACUGCUGCUAGUACUUACUUGAUGGCCACCGCAUACAAGAACAUCAAGUUCCAGCUAAAGCACAAGAUUGCUAUGCGUCGCGAGGAGGCAGUGACGCGGGAGGUGAACCGUCAGCUAGGUGACGACAAGAAGAUCACUCGCAAGGAGAAAGAUGAGCGUAUCUUGUGGAAGAAGAACGAAGUGGCCGACUACGAGGCGACCACGUACUCUAUUUUCUAUAACAAUGCCCUCUACUUGGCCAUCAUCAUCUUCAUCAGUUUCUUCUUGCUGAAGAACUCAACGCCUUUUGUGAACUACAUUUUUUCCGUUGGAGUGGCAAGCGGUGCCUUGGCGUUGUUCUCCACCAGCGCCCAAACGAACUGAGCCCAGGCCACAAUAAUCUUUCCAUUUAAUGUUAGAUCCCUUAAGAGAUUUUAAAUUCGAGCAAAACUUUCGUUCAUCUUGUUUGACAAAGUUCAUAGAGCGAUACAUAAUGCAGAGUGCCCCGUGAACUUAGAAUGCAUUUCCGCAAUGUGAACAAAUAUGAAACUUGUAUUUGUAAUUGUCUUUCUUGUAGAAAGCUAAUAAACUUCCAUUAAAAAUGCUCUAAUAGUACAAGAAGCAAUAAA